AUGGCGACUACGGCAUUCAAGCCGUAUGGUAAACCUCCUCCUUUUGAUUUAGAUGAAUACAAAGACUCUUUUGAAUUAUGGCACAAGAAAUGGACAAUUUUUCUCAGUUUGUCGACGAUUGAUUCGGCACUCAACGCAGGUGAUCGGGGCUUAUACAAGGCUCAUACUCUGCUAUCGUGUUUAUCAACCGACACACUUCAAGCUGUACUUUCCAUGGGCCUCACCGACGCUCAGCUUGACGACCAUACGGUUGUCAUCGACCAUCUCCGUGCUCGUUGCAAUGCCGGCCGCAACCGCCACGUGUGGCGCCAACAGUUUGCCGCCAAAAAGCAAGGCAUUCAACAAGCAGCAGACGAUUGGUUGUGUGAGUUGCGGGAUUUAGCCCGUAAAUGUGAAUUUGCUACAGAUUGUUGUGCUAGCUGUGAACCGACCCGCAUAUUAGGCCAACUAAUUUUCGGCGUAGAAAGUGACGAAGUUCGUGUUAAACUACUUGAACACGGAGCAACUUUAUCACUUGAUCAGGCGCUGACAAUUAUUCGAACUGCAAAAGCCUCCAACAAGCAGUUGAAGAAUUUAAAGACAGGUGAUGCUGCGGCAAUUCAAGGCGCGACUUCUUCUUACAAGCGUUUCAAACAAAAAUCCAGCAAUCCGCCAGUAGGUGGCAGCAGUUCAGCAGGCGCAAAAUUCACGGGUUGCUGGAAUUGCGGAUCAAAGACACGUUGUAAGCCUUUGACGGCCUGUCCGGCCCAAGGGAAAGAGUGUAAAAAGUGCGGCCUACUGAACCAUUACUUUAGAGUUUGCCGGAACCCAAAAACAGUUAAAAAACAACAGGGCAUUUACAUUGACCCCUCCCCUCCGACAGUGGGGGCUGUGAACGCGAGUGAUUUAGUGGAACUGGCCGUCAAUCCGGAAAAAUGGACAUCAUCGUUAUUGAUCAAUUUUCUCCCAGAUACAGGUGCUGACCUAGACGCCAUCCCAGAAUCCCUCUACAAGCGGAAGUUAAGCAAGGUGGCGCUGCAAAAAGGUGUACAACCAGUUACAGCAGUUGGGAGCCCGAUUAUCAGCAUUGGCGUGUUUAGUGCGGUUAUUGUGUGGACGACACGUGACAAAGUGUCCCGAUCAGUAAACACCGCCGUUCACGUGUUGCGCGAAUUGAAGCAGCCAGUGUUGUCCAAAAGGAGCCAACAGACGUUGGGAAUGCUUCCAGCCGCCUAUCCGCACGCAUACGUUGGAAUGGUGGCGAGCACGCCACCUACUGACAAACAACGACAUGCCGAUCUCAAAACUCUCAUGAACGUAUGCCCGCGGAUUUUUGACGGAACCUGCCACCAGAUGUCGGGACCACCAUGCCAUUUCCAGUUGAUGGAGAACUCGCAGCCUGUGGCAAUGAGGGGCUCUCGCCCAAUAUCCGUCCCUUUGCUGCCAAGAGUUAAGGCAGAGUUGGACAAUCUCGAAUCUGCUAACAUCAUCCGAAGAGUGGCAGUGCGCACCAUUCCGCCCGGAAUGAAAUUUUUCACAGUCAUUGAUGCGCUGAAAGGGUAUCAUCAGGUACCGCUAGAUGACGAAUCGAUCGACCUGACAACAUUUUCUACUCCCUUCGGGCGAUAUCAGUACCUUCGUCUUCCGUUCGGCGUCUCGCAUGCAGGUGACGACUACUGCCGUCGAGUGUCGGAAGUGUUUGAUGAUCUCCUGAAUUGUCGACGCAUCGUUGAAGAUAUUCUCGUAUACUCCGCAACGUACGAUGAGCACAUCGAAGCGGUACGAAAAUUAUUCCAUCGAGCAGCAGCUCACAACGUGGCCAUCAACACCACCAAAAUAGUUUUCGCCCAGCCCGCUGUUACUUUUGGCGGUUACGUCGUCGAUGCUGACGGUUUUCGCCCGGAUCCAGAGCUCACCCGAGCUAUCCGCGAGUUUCCAACACCCGGCUCGAUUACAGACGUCCGUUCAUUUUUUGGACUUUGCCAGCAAGUUGGCAAUUUUUCUGACCAGCUGGCCGCUGCAUUAGAUCCAUUACCCCCACUGCUCAAAACUGGCUACACAUGUGCUGAAACACGUUAUGCCAUGAUCGAACUCGAGUGUUUAAGUGCGGCAUGGGCUAUGAAUAAGUGUCGUCAGUUUCUUGAAGGACUUCCUUCGUUGGAAUUAGUGACGGACCACAAACCAUUAGUGCCCAUUCUGAACAGUUACGCUCUAGACAAACUAGACAACCCCCGUUUGCUUCGUUUACGCCUUAAGAUGCAGCGCUACUCAUUUAUUGCUCGUUGGGUGCCCGGAAAACAAAACUCCGAUGCUGAUGCCCUCUCUCGAGCGCCGGUCGAUAAAGCAACCACUAGUGAUGAACUGGGUGAAGGUUUGCCAUCUUUUCAGGGAAAAAUUGCUCUGAUGAGUCUUUCCGGCAAUCAGCUAUCACAAACUGAUCCGAAUCUCGACCCAGUGUUAGAAAAGAUUAAGUGUGCUGCAGCCAUCGAUCCGGUUAUGGUAAAACUGAGAAAUCAAAUCAUCUCAGGUUUUCCAAACGACAAAUGUAAUUUAGACAGUGACUUGCGUCCCUUUUGGAGUGUAAAAGAAAGUUUAGCAAUCGAUGACUCAGAUGACAUGAUUGUAAUGGGACCUCGUGUCGUUAUUCCGCAUUCUAUUCGUGCAAACAUCCUGCGUGAUUUAGUGCAGAUGCACCAAGGUGCAACAAAAACACGUCAACGAGCCCGUUUAUCGGUAUACUGGCCGAACAUUGAUAAUGACAUUGUGAACGCCACCAGAAAUUGUAAAACGUGUACAAAACAUCUACCUUCACAGCAACCAGAGCCGUUUCGAGUCCGUCCACCAGCAACGCGUCCGUUUGAACAAAUCCAUGCGGAUCUAGGCGAAGUGAAUGGCCGCCAUUUUUUAGUGAUGGUGGAUUCAUUCAGUGGUUGGCCUCAUGUGGUUGCAUUUCGUGACAGAAAAACAACAGCACGCAAUGUCAUUGGCCAUAUCCGUAAUUUUUUUUCUAGCGUAGGAGCUCCAGUCACCUUUUGGUCCGACAACGGGCCGCAGUUUGGUGCAGCAGAGUUCCAGCGUUUUCUCACGGAUUGGGGGAUUACUUCCCUCAUGUCUUCACCAUAUUAUGCUCAAUCCAAUGGCCGGGCUGAAGCAGAAAUCGACUCAAUGAAGACGCUCAUCCGUGGAUCAUGGACAGCUGGCGCAUUUAACGAAGAGAAAUUCGCCAAAAGUAUCCUGCUUUUCCGAAACGCGCCGCGAUCUGAGCAAGUCCAGCACAGUUGA